CUUCCGUUAAUAAACAAUCGAGCCACGGUGGACAAUUAAUCGGACUCGGAGCUGACAAGGCACUCGCAAGGAUAAAAUAAGUAGAAAAUGGAGAAACUUUACCAUGAAACAAAUAAAAUCGUAUUAGAUGUGCAGAAUGGUUUGAGUCGUGUGGAACAAGCAAGGAGAGAGGAUGCGCAUUUGGUUGAGAAUGAGAUCAACGCAAGGUUGGAUAAGCUAGCGUCUAAUUGUGAGACAUUGGACAUUCUUGUUAACAAAGAACCAGUAUCAAGGCGGCAAAAUGCAAAACUAAAAGUUGACCAGCUAAAGUAUGAUUGUCAGCACCUGAAUGCUGCCCUCCGUCAGAUAAAGCACAGACGACAUCAAAGAGAACAAGAGGAAAGGGAUAGAGAAGACCUUCUCACACGUCGAUUCACUGCCAACGAUGAUAACACUUCAAUAAUGAUAGACCAUGAUCUGCAGCAUAAUACAUCACUACACAACAGCAAUAGAGAGAUGGACAACCUACUGGCAACAGGGUCUGCAACAAUUGCUAAUCUCAGAGACCAAAGAGGAAUGUUAAAGGGAGCACAGAAGAAGAUGCUGGACGUGUCCAACAUGUUAGGACUCAGCAACACCGUCAUGAGACUCAUUGAAAAAAGAACUUUUCAGGAUAAAAUCAUCCUCUUUGGAGGAAUGAUCUUGACUCUUAUCAUCAUGUAUUACAUCUACAAGUACUUUGGUUGAUACAGCUCCGUCCCAUGAAGACAUCGAUUCCAGGUACCUGCUAUACCAGACUUGAUUGAAAUUAUCGUUAUCAUCACCUGAUGACCACCAAUUUGACAGGUUGAAUGCUGAAACCAAACCAGGAUCAUUUUCCAGUGCGCAUGCUGCACAUGUGCGUUACAAAAUGCAUUGGUUUGGUGAUCUCAGAACUCACAAGAGUUUGAUUGUCAAACUUCUUCAACUUAAUUUUAGCUAUAAACUAUGUGAGUCUAAUCGAGCUCAUUGUAAGUCUGUCCUGGUGGAUGUUUCAUAAAGCUGUUAGUAAGGUACAUGAAUAACUUUAUGGAGGACUGGUGACCCUUUUUGUACUCAAUGAUAUAACCCUGUGUAAAUUACUUAGCCCCUGAUAAAAUGUUGCUGUCAUGACUGGUGACCCUUUCUCGUACUCAAUGAUAUAUCCAUGUGUAACUGACUUAGCAACUAAGAACAUACUCCAGUCGUGCAUAAAGUGGUGCAUAACUGUACGAAUAGCUUUAUGAAACACCCAUCUGGAUUCUUCUUGUGCCAUUAAGAUGAGGUAAUGUCACGGAUAAUCACUCCUAAAAUGGAUAAGUAUAAGGCUGACAGUUAACUGUUCAAUGUCAAAUUGCGUUUGUUGGCAAAUAGAUUGAAAAGGGAGUUGCGAAACAGAUGUGAUGGAUACUGGAUAAUGGAGACUGCUUGCUGUAUUGCUGGUAGGGUGAAUUGGAACAAGUCGUACCACAGAAUGCAGAAUCUUAUUGGACAUAGGCAUGAUACUGCCUGCCUUGGAUGGCGAUUCUUGAUUGUAUUUGCUCCCACUGCUCAUCCUCCAAAAUAACUGUAUCAGAAUAGAUAUUCCAAUUUAUUGCUAUACAAACAAUUAGGUCAUAAGUCAACUUUGUGAAAGUUAGAGUAAAGAGUAUUCAAGUUAUAUGUGGGUCUUGGGAUCAAGGCAACAUUUGUGGCAUGGAAGCAUCAUGUCAACCCUCACACAGGGCCCUGGAAACAUAUUUUUUUUACAUGGGGUGCUGAUGGAAAUUUGAUGAGCAAAAAAAAAAGGGUUUAACUGAAAAAUGAAGGUUAUUUUGGUCCCGAGAAACUUGACAAGCCUCCCCAAAAGGGGUUCACCACAAAUUGAAGGUCAUUUUGGUCCCGAAAAU